AUGACUAGCCAAAGUAAACGCAGACAGUGGAAGUCCACCCAAGAUGCGCAUAGUGCUUCGUCUCAUCCCCCGCAGAACAUACGACAACGGAUAUCAUCAGGAUUCUCCAUCAUAAAGCGAGUCAUUACCCCAGGCAAACUCCGGACUAGGAAUCCUUCAGUAAACCGCUCCCAAACUGCACUUGCUCUCAUCGAGCCACUUGGUGCACAUCAUCACGGUGUCGCUUCUCAUAUUCCAUCUGCUCGAAAUUCACGAGCCGCUCCUGAACUGCCUUUCAUUCAUCUUAUUUCCGAUCCGGGCCCCGAAGAGCCUUAUUCCUAUGAUUGGAAUCACUAUUGUCCCUUUCCCAGAUUCCAAGAGCCAACGUGUCAUUUCCGUGACCUGGGGCAUUUGACUGGCACCAGGACUACGAUAUUGACUUGGACCAGAAGCAGACCGUGCAGUGAGUGUGGAUCUCAAAGCGCAAAUUCGCAACUGGAACAAGGAAGAAACGGGCAAGCAAACGAGACGAGGAAGAGGUCUGGAUUGGGACAGAAAAUUAUAUCAACACGCCCUAUUGGCACAGCGGUGACGACAGACAGUAGAGUGGUGGGUAGUUCUGCUAGCCAAGUUGGAGAGAUAGCAGAGUCACGUCAGACGCAAACGCAGACACCGAACCAGCUUUCCUCACCCGUGGGCUCUCAUCAAUCCACUACGCGCGGCACGAUUCUGGCACAGCACAUCAGCCAUUACCGUUCUAAAUCUCCAGCACUACACCACCUGCCCCUGUCCCAUUCCAGCGACUAUCCUUACGUACACAAACACGAAGUCUUCCAACAUCUCGAGGCCCUGCGCGCAGGCUCGCAUAGUCCGCCAAGACGUAGCCCUGAUGCAGGGGGUCGUACGCCCAGACAUACGGAUAGGCAAAUCGAGGACUCGAUCGAUUUUACGGAGACUGUAUCUUAUAGCCAGAAGAGAAGCAGGUGGAGAACAGAGGGAAUUGAGAGACCGCGAUCUAGAGGGAGAGGCAGAAUGAUGGACACUAUCUUAAUGAUCGCAAACUAUAACAGUGAUAUUGGAACGCGCACUGGGUAUCAAAACCACCAUGAUGGGCGCGUGUUUGCAGUGGAGGAAGAUGGACCGGAGAUUGGGCAGACUAACCACUCCUUACGAUCUGGUAGAACGGGUACAAUAGACAGAACUGAUCCGCAGGAUGGCCAGAUUGUUGAGGAAAUGCGCGUUGAGCCGAAGGGCGGUUCAGAGAGCGAAGAGUUGAGACUGAGAGGAGGUGAUGAUGUUGAGCAGGAAGAAAAAAUCUGCGGCUUCAGUUCGUGCCAAUGGCUUUUACUUGGGCUGUGUGCCCAAUCAUCGAGAAUAGCAGGCUUAGAAGAGCUACCGCCAGCUCGCGUCGUCUCACCUAGUCGCCUGUCUCGCAGACGUCACGAAGGUCCCCGAACCGCGCAUAUACCAGUGAAUAUCCUGCAAGGCCGUCGCACACAACCUCCAGGCCACGAUAUUAUCCCUUGGCCUUUUCCCGGACUCAGAGGAGGCGCCGGUUCACGUUCAUCCACGUUUUCGAGCACAGACAGGCUACCACCAACGUUGUUCUGGCUCUCGGGCGGCAAAGGCAGACCGAUGACUGUGGCGGGAUGGAGACGGUUGAGGUCGAAGAAGAGAAUGGGUGGCUUGGUAGGUAUGGCUGUAUUCGGUAGAAGGGCCGGGGUGGAGUACAGUGGGAGGAAGGGUGGCGAUGAGAGCGGAGUAAGCGUUGUCGAUGAGUCCGUGAAGAUGGCGUCAUUAGAGGCAGAAGGCCAGGGUGUAGGUGCAAAUGGGGGGAAUAGGGAAGGGGAUGUUUAG